UUAUCUCCCUGGCUGUUUGUUGCAGGAGCGCCCUGAGAGUCGUGACAGAGAAGCGGAGCCCUCCCUGGCAUAGCUGCCUCUUCUCUCCUUCAACCUGCUGGUCCCCUAACCCCCUUUUUUUUAACUUGUGGAGUAUUUGUUUUCGCUUUCGUCACAUUUCACCAUGACGACCUCCGCCCUGCGACGACAGGUGAAGAACAUUGUGCACAACUAUUCAGAAGCAGAGAUCAAGGUACGCGAGGCCACUUCCAACGAUCCAUGGGGCCCGUCGUCGUCUCUCAUGUCAGAAAUUGCUGACCUGACCUUCAACGUCGUGGCGUUCGCUGAGGUCAUGGGGAUGGUGUGGAAACGGCUCAACGACAGCGGCAAAAACUGGAGGCACGUCUACAAGGCACUGACUCUGCUGGAUUACCUGCUGAAGACGGGAUCGGAGAGGGUAGCCCAGCAGUGCCGGGAAAAUGCAUUCACCAUUCAGACCCUGCGUGACUUCCAGUACGUGGAUCGUGACGGCAGAGACCAGGGGGCGAACGUUAGAGAAAAAGCRCGACAGCUGGUGUGUCUGCUGAAGGAUGAGGACCGACUGCGCCAGGAGAGGAGUCAGGCGCUGAAGACCAAGGAGCGAAUGGCCGGGGGAGGAACCGGAGGGGGCAGCGGGGGUGGCGGCGGCAGCGGUGGCGGCGGUGGCAGCGGUGGCGGCAGCGGCGGUGUGUACGGAGGUAUUCCUCCAUCAUAUCACCCCGGCAGACGUACAAGUCAGCCCAGCAUGGCUGUGCUAUACGGGGAGGAAUUCAGCCGCUCCAGAGGCUCGCCGUGCUCCUUCAACUCCUCGGCCUCGUCUCCCCGCGCUGCUUCAGACCUGGAGCAGGCCCGGCCUCAGACCAGCGGGGAGGAGGAGCUGCAGCUCCAGCUGGCGUUAGCUAUGAGCAGAGAGGAGAGUCAGAAGGAGCAGCGCUGUCGCCAAGGAGACGACUCCCUGUUACAGAAGGCCCUGGACGAGAGCAGGAGAGAGAGCCAGUCAGGGACGCACGAGUCUGCCAUGUUGGAACUGGUGGACAUAUUUGGAUCCUCGCCCGAGCCGCAGCCUCCCUCCAGCGACCCUUGGACAUCAGCUCAGCCUUCCUGUAACAUCUCCUCCAACCCCUGGGAAUGUGUAGCAGUUCAGUCCAGCACUCCUGUGAUUAAUAGCUCCUGGGUGGCUCCGUCCUCCUCCUCCUCUAACACGGCCAAUCCUUGGGCUCCGUGUACCAACUCACACCCGGAUCCUUGGGAAGCGGCACCUGCCCUCUCCAGUCCUCUUAAUAAUGCGUGGGACAGCCCAACAGAUGGUGAACAUGAAGGGACUGAUCCGUUCACUGCACAGGAAGAAGAAAAGCCUCAGCAGGAAGUUCCCAAAGCGUCGUCCCCAGAGCCUGCCAGCCCAACAGAUGCGGAGAUGUUUGCAGAUAGAAACGAGUCCGAACUGUUUCCUGAACUAGACUCCAACUCAGAUCCAUUUAAACCGGACCCACCAGCGAAACACCAGGUGAACGGUCGCAAGUCGGCCAGUCCGGAGAUGUUUGACCUCUCCCGUUUGGCGCCGCCUCUCAGUGCCCCGCCCGUUCGUGUGUGCCGGACUCCGGAGGCCUUCCUCGGACCCACAGGGGCCUCGCUGGUGAAUCUGGAGACUCUGAUUCCCCCGAAACCCCCUACAAAGACGCAGAAUAACCCCUUCCUCUCAGGUCUGAGUGCACCAUCUCCCAACAACCCCUUCCACUGCGACCAGCCGCGGCUCACCCUCAACCAGAUGCGACCCUCGUCCACGUCUCCGCUGCCCCCUCACAUGCUGCCCUACAGCCCGUCGCUGCCCCUCCCUCUGCUCCACCAGCCGCCUGUCCUCCCCUCCUCCCUCACACAGCCUCCCUCUGGGCUCCUGGACCUGCCCUCUAACCUCCCCCAGCCACUACUGCCCCUCUCUCCUCGACCGGCACCUCGCGUUCAGACGCAAACGCACAGCCAUAACCCUUUCCUUUGAGGCCGCUGUGGCACACAACCCGUGGACUCUUGAGGGAACGAUGUACGCCAGCUGCGGUAAACUUGUUGUAAAAGAGUGUGAACUGAUUUGUGGUCUGAUGUCAUUAACUUUCAGUGGAUGUAACGGAUCCAUACGGUGAAUCUGUGUCUGUCUAAAGACACGGCAGCUGCUAUAAAACCUAAACUCACUCAUUCAUGCACUCAAGCGUGCCUCAGGAUGCAUAAACGCAAACACAUCAACAAACUGACCGACUGAAUCUGAAAAGUCUGGUCUUUUUUUUUUGUCUUCUCAUCAACUUUGACACUCCAAGCCCCGCCCCCCUCUGACCGCACCAACAGACCGCUCCGUUUCAUGAAGCAACACUCUCUGAUUGUCCCCCAAGCGUCACUGGGAUCUUUGCUGCUGCUUCACCGACAAAAGCAUGAAUGCGUUUUACUCACAAGCCUGCAAGCGACGAUGUUCUUCUGAGAACCGGAGAUAAUGUACUUUUUAAUCUGAUGAUUUGAUCAGUAUGUUAAGCUUCCGGUUAGUGGAGGAGGCCCCAAACUGUGAGAUAUAAGAAAGCACAGAGCACAAAUUGAACUCAUGGACUCUCCUUCCUUUUAGAUUACGACAUACAAUGUUGUGAAAAAGUAUUUGCCUUCAUUGUAGAUCUCUUCACCUUUUGCUUUUUUGUCCUAAAAUGACCUAAAAUGUUUUGAUCACUAAACCACUUUUAAUAAUGCCUCAAGAUAAACUGUGCAAAUAAAAAACACAGUAUUCAAAUUUGAAAAAGUAAUGGCUUCCUAAACUGAUUCCCUGGCAGCAGUCAGGAGGAAGCAAUUAGAAACUUAUUGAUUGCUGGCUGUGAGCCUUUUUCAUUACCUGGAGGAAUUUUGCCCCACUCUUCUUCACAGAAUUGUUUAAUUUAGUAACAAUUGGAUGUCUGCUUAAAGUCGCCCUUCGGUAUCUCAACACAGGGUGUUUGCACAUCCUUAAAAAGUCUUAAGUUGAUGCACCGAUCUAAAAUCAAGGCCUUAAAAUGUCUUAAAUUUGUUUUGAAAACGUAAGUUGGCCUUAAAUAUGUAAAUUGCAGAUCUUAAAUUAUUUCAUGUUUUCUAUGUCUUUGUUUUUCUCAGGACUUUUUUAUCAGGCUUCUCCAUUGUGUUCUGUGACUCGAGACAGUUGAGGCUACUAUUAACUGGCUGCUAAUAUACUCUUGCUAGCUGGUUAGUUUUGCUGCUUCCAUCAUGGAUAAGUGGAAAUUUAGCGCCAUUUAAUUGUUGAAUUUGACUAUAAAUUUGAAUUCAUCGUUGCAUUAGUCAUGGACCAUUGGACCACCCCAGAGCAUUCCACUACCACCAUAUUUGAUUAGCAGCCCAUCAAGGUGUGAUGGGAUGCCACUUUAUUUCAUGUUGUUAGAGAGGUUCUAUCUACGUGAUUUCUAUGUACGUGAUUUCGUGUAGAUACAGUUUCUUCAAGAAACUGUAUCUACAGUUUCUUGAUAAAUUCAACUCUCCAGAUAUGGCAUUAAUCAGGCUCGGGUGUUAAACCAAAAAUAAGUGAUUUAUCCCAUUGAGAUUUAACAUAGGUUGCAAUUAUAUUUUUUUCUCUGUAGUUUCUUUUCUUUGUGUCUAAAAUUUAUUCAAUGAUCCUAAAUAUUUAGGAGUGACAAACAUGCAAAAACAGAUCAGUUUUGUGAGGGUGCAAAGACUUUUUCACGGCAUUGUAAAAUCAUUACCUUUAAUAUCCUGAACUUUCUUGAGCAUCUUGUUCUAAGUUAAUUCUGUCUUAUGUCAUUUGAAAGCAAAUGGCCCCUUCUGGACCUGGGGUAAGCCAGCGUACGAUUGAUUUUGCUACCUAACUGUGGACCUACUUAAAUCUCUGAUUGUAUCCGUGCCUGUUUCCACUGAUUGCCCAAACUUCACUCCCUUAAAGCCGCUGUAGAGGACUUCUGGAAGAAACUUGUCACUCCUGUAAAGGGAUUCAACCUAAGCUGAUGAAAUUGAUGGAACUUAACUACAGAAAUCAAAUUACAGACGAAAUGCCUGAUGAGAAAGUAGGUAAAAGCGUAAAAGAACUGAUAACAGAUGUGAAGAUCUUGGCACACUGGCAGUUUGACAAUACGAGGAUCAGAGAAAAAUCACACAAUGAGACACUUUAUCACUGCACUGAACCUGGACUUGAAUGUGUAAUGCCUACCUAUAAACACAUACAGGCUUGGUACAUAUGUAUCUACUGAAAAAUAUAUUGCUGUAUUAUGAAAUAUUAUACCAAUAAACAGCUAGUGUUUGCAUUUA